AUGCAAUUCACUUUCGGAUUAAUCUCAGUUGUGGCGACUAUCCUCAGCAAUACGGCGGUGACAGCUGUACCUACCUUUGGAUUUGGCCAUGGAGGCGGAUUUGGAGGAUACGGUGGGGGGUAUGGUGGCGGGUACGGCGGUGCAUAUAGAGGAUUGGGUGGGGGGUAUGGAGGAGGGUAUGGAGGCGGGUACGGAGGAGUUUAUGGUGGAGGUUAUGGUGGAGGCUAUGGUGGAGGCUAUGGUGGAGGCUAUGGUGGAGGCUACGGUGGAGGCUACGGUGGAGGUUAUGGAGGAGGGUACGGCGGAGGUGGUGGAGGACUAGGCCUAGGGAUCGGCAUUGGUCUAGGCGUCGGUAUUGGCAUCUAA